CCAAAAUUUACCUUGGUAGCACCUGAUUUUUUCUCUCCUCUCUCCUUCGUUCAUCUUUCCUUCCGCUUGUUUUUGCUACUGUGUUGCUUUCUGCCCGCUUCUUUCUCCCUUUUCGGCCAGACCCUGAGGCUGUUUUAGCCAGACAAACCUGUUUCCUCUCUUUGUUUCUUGCUCUUCCUCAGUUGUCAGAGAGCAGGUUUGAAGCAAGUGUUCUUUAGAUGGGCGAUAAUACAGACGAAGGAAAGGGAUCUAAGAUCUGCAUUAGCUGUAUCAACAGUAUCCAUGUGGACCGUUGCUUAAAAUGGGGAGAAUUUUGAGUUUUUCGGCGGCUGUUGCAGUAAAACAUUUGAUAUAUGACAUUGAAAGUAGACUGUUCUGUGGGGUUGUUGAUCUUGACAUUUCACUCUCUGAUGGAAGUGGAGCUGAUAAAUUGUCUCAUUCUUUGGACAAUGGUCUUCCUUCUAAUGGAGCACAAGGUGUUUCUCUUCCCAUGAAUUAUAUGAGGAAGAAGUCUGCUAUUGUGCACAUGGGGUUUUCCUUCUCACUGAGGUUACUGCUUUUGCUCUUUUGUGAUCGACAACUUGUGUCAUGUUCUGCAAGUAAGAAAGGAUUAAAGCAAGCUGAUUUAAUUAAAGUCGAAAAGAAACUGGCAUCUGGUUAUGCUGUAUGUGCAUCAGUUGCUUCAGAGCAACAAAUUCUUGCUGUGGGUACAAAAAGGGGAGAUGUUGAAUUGUAUGACCUCACAGAUUCUGCUUCCCUUGUUCAUGCUGUUUCUUUAUAUGGCUGGGGGAAAGUGGUCUGUUUUAAAUUGCACGGAAGAACACUUAUUUGCUGCAUUCAACCUUCUCCUUCAACAAUCAGGCUGUCUCGAGCAACUGCGUUGAACAUUAUAGCUUCGUACUUUUUGGAUGAUCUUCUAGGCGUUCAUCAGCUCAACUUUCACAAUCUAAACAUUCAAGAUGAAAACUAAACUUGUUUGCCUUUCAUAUUUACAAUGCCUGUAU